AUGUACAACUGUCGGGGUGACAGAUUGACCUGCGCGUCCGCAAUACAUGCGUUCCUGAAGAACAAUCUUGCAAGCCUAGCGCUCACAGAGACAGGAUCCUUAAUCCUGAACGCCGUGGGUGUGAACUGGCUGCUGACAGCCACAGAAUGCACGCGUGCACCUGCACCGCUCCCGCCGGACGUUGUCUUCGAUCUCUACGAUGAUGAAAUUGAAACGACGAAUAAGAAAAAUACCCGCCAUCGCGGUGAAUUGUAUAACGAGAACAUAUUCCUGCGGAUUGGAAGGGGUGCGACGAAUAAGAAAAAUACCCGCCAUCGCGGUGAAUUGUAUAACGAGAACUUAUUCCUGCGGAUUGGAAGGGGUGAUGGCGUAGUCGGGAUAUCAGUUGUGUGCCACUGUGGUUCAACCCUUGUUUGGGGCUGGCCCUCGAUUGAUGGCCGUCGAUGGACAGCAAGACAGAUCACAUCAGGUCCUCCGUACGUCCUUGACAAGACUGAUCGCCUUUUCGCAACCAAACUGAUUCUCAACGCAGUGCUAAGAGCACAAACUGGCAAUGGAGGCUUUCUAAUAUUCCCACCUUGGUGGCUCGUGUUGAGUGGUGGCAAGACAGUUUGUGAUGUUCAGCCAAAAUUUCCAAAAGCUAAUGGAGAGCGGUUACUAGUAAACCUUACUAUCGGAACUAAAGCGAAGGGCAGAUAA